UGUAGUAAUGUUCUCGCUUUGUUUUCCCUUGUAAGUUCUACUGCACUGAGAAGCGAGAAAAAAGUCUGCGUCUCUUGACUGAGGAACGAACACAUUAAAUUCAAUCGAGAGUAACCGAAAUAGGGGCUCUAGUAGAAGAAGAAGAAGAUGAUGGCGAUUUCUGGAGAUUUAAGAGUCAACAUGACUUUAGCUUCUUGCCCUGCAAACCCACUUCGACGCUCCUUCACCCCUUCGAAGGUAGGGUUUAGUAGUUUCCUCACUGGAGGAUCUGGUAUUUCUGAAGUUACUCCUAAGUGGCCACACAUUGAACUUGAUGGACGUAAUGUCCGGUGCCACAGUAACCGGUCUUUUGGGAUUGGAGGAGAAACUAAGAUCCCAUCCAAAACGCUAAACCAAGAAGCUGAGGGCUUCCUCCUGAAUGCCAUUCACAUGAGCUUCUUUGAGCGUUUAAACUUGGCCUGGAAGAUACUCUUUCCAUCACCAGUAGCGAAAAGGAACUCUAAUGCAAAGAUUGCCAAACAGCGGUUAAAGAUGAUCCUCUUCUCUGAUAGAUGUGCAGUUAGCGAUGAAGCAAAGCGCAAGAUUGUGAAGAACAUCGUGAGUGCCUUAUCUGAUUUUGUUGAGAUAGAUUCACAGGAUAAAGUCCAGCUUAGUGUCUCAACUGAUACUGAUCUUGGGACUGUCUACUCUGUCACGGUGCCUGUCCGCCGAGUUAAACCUGAAUAUCAAGAGGAGGAUGAAUAUGGGACAAUAACAAAUGUUGAGUACAAAGAUACAGGGGAAAGUUCUGGCUCUGUUGAUGUCAAGUUUGAUUUUUUCCUUCCAGAUGAGAAAUUUUAGUAGAGUUAUGCCUUCUGAUUUUUCACCAUUGAUGGGGUAUGGAAGAUUGUAAUCUCAGCUGUGAUAUAUUCUCUUUUUAGCAGAAGUUCCCACUGCAGCUGUUUUGGUUUUUGGAUUUUGAAACCUUAGAAAACCCUUGAGGUCCUGUAUAUAUUGGAAGUUUUCUAAAGUUGGAGAUACUUUAGUUGUACUUUGGUGGGUUUUGGGAUUGGUUGACAAAUGUUGUGCACCCAAUAUCUACCAUAAAUUAUUGCAUGUAGUGAAUCACUUUGUUCCA